GCAGUAUUGAAUACGCCCGUUGUUAGGACAGCAUCGCCCAUUGGGUACUGUGAUAAUUCGAAGCUGUCAGUGACUCGUCUGUUUUUGCAGCUCUCCUAUACCCCUGACUCACAAUGAUCUGCCAACGUUGUCGGACCAGCCUUUUGUCCCGACUGCAACACCACACUACUUUCUCUGUCUCGCCUUGUGCGCGCCAACAGCCAUGGCAGAAGAGCCAAUUACGAAACAUCACUGAUGGGAAAUUAUCGGCGUCUGCUCCCCCGCCUCCUCCAGCACCACGACAACCUAUCGUCGGCGAUAUCUCAAUCCCAUCUGCCGUUUCCUCUGCUACACCCGGUGUCUCACAGCCUCUCAGCACACCUGAAGCUGGCCCCGCUGAAUUUGAGAGAGCUCCACAGCUGCAACCAGCUGGACGACCACUGAGCAGUUGUGUUGCAGGAACCAAGCUGGCCGGACUUAAUUAUUUCAAGAACAAACCAGAUAUAUUCGCCAAGGAGGACUCGGAGUACCCUGACUGGUUAUGGGGUUUGUUGGAAGACUCCAAGAAGAAAUCUACCUCUGAAAUGGGCGGUGUUGAUUUGAGUUCUAUGAACAAGAAGCAAAGGAAACGCCACGAGAAGAAAAUGGCUGCUCGCCUUGCAACCCUCCCUGUUCAGAUUCCGGUUCAUCAUCAAGCUACGGAUAUUACGCCUGCUCCGUAUAACUCGAGAAAACAGGAAGCGUCUGCAGAUGAGACCGCAGCGGUUGCCGCGGAUGCAAAGAAACGUGUUGAGAUUACCAAGAGCGCUAGAGCGGCCAGACGGAAGGAGAUCAAGGAGUCUAAUUUCUUGCGUGGUCUCUGAGCCUAUAUAUUCGCUGAUUUUUGAUGUCAGGCGGACAGGUUUUCUGCAAUAUCGAUCGAUUUCUUCAACUGCGUGUCCUCUGGUUGUUGUUCGCCCCUUCGGGUUCUACUGAAAAUGUACUAUAGUGUGUCAGCCAUUAUACCGCGACGUUUUGUAAAAUGAGGGAUUGUAAGACGUUUUGAAUGUGGUGUCAUUCCUAGCAUCGAUUGUUCUUUUUUCUGCCUUGCCACGGAAGCCAUGCAGGAACAGGGGAAUAGUAGAUGGCUUUUGUGUGUCAAGAGAGCCAUUGGCUUGUUUCAUUGUCCUGGGAGUUUCCUGGUGUUAGCUCUGGUCCUUUCUCCCUUCUACCUAGGCAAUGUCAUGGGCGUGUUACUUGCUUUGUUCUUGCCUUUUCAACAUUCCUAUUUAAGUAGAAUUUCC